UUAUUUAGUAUACAUCCCAGAAUCUCAAUUUUUCAAUGGCAAUUUCGUAAUAAUAUAGACAUUGGGCACCAAAUAUAUGGGCCUCUUCCCUAUAAGUCUCCGCUCAGUUUUACCAAACAAAGGAACGAAAACCCUCGCUCUGAAAAAAUGUCAGGAUAUCCCCAACGUCCUCCGGGCUACGGUUACGGCGGUGCUCCACCAGCGCAGCCCUAUGCGGCAUCCCCAUACGGCGCACCCCCGCCGGGACAACCCUAUGGUGCACCCCCCCCGGGACAACCCUAUGGCGCACCCCCACCGGGACAAUCCUAUGGCGCACCCCCACCGGGACAACCCUAUGGCGCACCCCCGCCGGGACAAUCCUAUGGCUCGCCAUCGGCACCGUACGCGGGGGGCCCCACUCCACCCAGCGUCAAACCCCCGAAGGAUCAGAGCCACGGCCACGGCGGGUACCCACCGACGGCGGCACCCUACGGUAGCCCUUUUGGGUCGCUCAUGCCGUCGGCGUUCCCGCCCGGAACCGAUCCGAGCGUGGUGGCGUGCUUCCAGAUCGCGGACCAGGACGGGAGCGGGUUGAUAGACGAUAAGGAGUUGCAGAGGGCGCUGUCUUCGUACAAUCAGAGCUUUAAUCUUCGUACUGUUCAUCUUCUCAUGUAUCUCUUCACGAACACCAACACUAGGAAGAUCGGGCCAAAGGAAUUCACAGACGUGUUUUACAGCCUUCAAAGUUGGCGGACGAUAUUCGAGAAAUUCGACAGGGACAGAAGUGGGAAGAUCGACGCAUCGGAGCUGCGAGAGGCGCUCUUGAGUCUAGGGUUUGCAGUGUCCCCUGCCGUCUUGGACUUGCUAGUCUCCAAAUUCGAUAAAACCGGCGGCAACUCGAAGGCCAUCGAAUACGAUAACUUCAUCGAGUGCUGCCUGACGGUGAAGGGGCUGACGGAGAAGUUCAAGGAGAAGGACACGAAGUACUCGGGGUCCGCCACGUUCACGUACGAAGCUUUCAUGUUGACUGUUUUGCCCUUCCUCAUUGCAUAGCAUCAGCUGGAGAAAUAAAGAUGUGGCCAGUUUGUUUAAGAAGAAGCUAUGAACGAGUGAUUGAGGCUUUUAUGAACGAGUAAUGGAGGCUAUGAUGGUGGGCAUGACUCGUUUAACUGAAUUAUUUAUUAUCCCUGAAUCGUCAAUCAAAUUGAAGUUGCUAUAAACAAUAUGUUUUCAUAAUAAUUAUUUAUAAAUUUUAAAAUUUUAAAAUAAAAA